GUCUGCUUGCCUGGCACCACCGAUGCGGUGAGGGUGCGCGUGCCGGUCCCGUUUGACUGUGAGUGUUUCGUUAAUAGGUAGAGAACAAAAAAGAUGUACAACGACGACGAAAAUGGAUACAUGGAACAGGAAGAUGAGUGGGAGAGAGAAGGCCUCUUGGAUCCUGCCUGGGAGAAGCAGCAGAAAAAAACAUUCACCGCCUGGUGCAACUCCCACCUGCGGAAGGCUGGCACCUCGAUCGAGAACAUCGAGGAAGACUUCCGGAACGGUCUGAAGCUGAUGCUGCUGCUCGAGGUCAUCUCGGGCGAGACGCUCGCCAAGCCCGACCGCGGCAAGAUGCGCUUCCACAAGAUCGCCAACGUCAACAAGGCUCUCGACUUCAUCGCCAGCAAGGGCGUCAAGCUGGUCUCCAUCGGCGCGGAGGGUGAAAUCGUCGAUGGUAACCUGAAGAUGACGCUGGGCAUGAUCUGGACCAUCAUCCUGCGCUUCGCCAUCCAGGACAUCUCGGUGGAGGAGAUGACGGCCAGAGGCCUGCUGCUCUGGUGCCAGCGCAAGACGGCGCCCUAGAACGUCAACGUGCAGAACUUCCACACGAGCUUCAAGGACGGCCUGGCGUUCUGCGCCCUCAUCCACCGGCACCGGCCCGACCUCAUCGACUACGACAAACUCUCCAAGGACAACCCGAUGGAGAAUCUGAUGACCGCCUUCGACGUGGCCGAAAAGCACCUCGACAUCCCGAAGAUGUUGGACCCCGAAGACCUGAUCAACACGCCC